AAAGUAGUAGGGAAAAAUAUAUUCUUCCCCUUUUUUUGCCAUACGUUAUUUUCCCUUCAAUUAAUGUUUUUUCAUUACCACUAACUUAGGUCAAAAUGAGCAGAUCAGAGGACUUAGAUCCAGAGAUGCACGCACUGUUGACGUGCGCAUUUAAUGAAGGAGUAAAAGUGAAGGGCGCAGUGGAAGUUGGAAAAAGAGCAGUGGAAUAUUUCCGAGGAGACGAGUUUGUACAUUUCCUUUACACCAAAAGGGACAUGCUAAAAAAAAAGUUCCCAAUUUUACUACAAAAUAGAACCUUGGAAGAUUUGAAAGAUAUAGAAGAAUUUGCAGACACGUUUAUACAGAAGAGACUUAUAUAUAAAGCACAGUAUAAGCCAAUUAAGGGCAUAAGCGAGGUCGACGAAAAUGGAAUGUAUAGGAGGCCUAAAUGGCCAAGAAGAUUAAUAAUGUGUUCGAAACAGAAUUUUGAGAGGACAAGUUUCUACAUUCUAGUUCAUGAAAGAAAUAAAAAGCUACAAUAUUUAAUGCUAAUUACGUUAAUAUCAGUAGUACUAAUUUGUUGUAUGUUUCCUAUUUGGCCUUUGAAGUUAAAAUUGGCCUUGUGGCACUUAUCUGUGGUGUUUGUAUCGCUAAUGUCUGUAAUUGUGGUUCUCAGAUUGAUUCUCUUCAUUUUCUUCUGGUUUUUUGGGGUAGAUUAUUGGUUGUUCCCCAAUUUGUUUGAUGAAGAAUGUAGCAUUAUCGAAUCCUUUACGCCAGUUAAUGAUUGGUAUUACAGAAAUGAUUCGUGGGUUUUCGUCAUUGCAAGGAUGUUUACGGCUCUUUUGCUAGCCAUUGGUAUACACCAAUUAGGAAAAACUCAUUCCAUUAGCGACAUCAGUAACUUUGCUACACAGUCCUUUAUUGAUAUUAUAGAAUGGGGUAAUAAGAAGCUGGCUGCAUCUCCAGAGAAUGUGUCCAUUUAUAAGUCUUUGGACUCCAAGGCGACGUUCGAGAUUGAGUUUAAGGAUGAUGGUGUGGUGUAUGACGAGAACGAGGAAAACUACGACUGCCUGAAGGGGUGCGGCUUCCAGACGUUCGAGGAUCUCGUCAGAAAGUGUUUCCUCAAGUGCGAGUGCAUGGAGAAAGUAAUAAAGUCAGAAUGCUACAAGAAAAAGUGCUCAAGAGUUACCAAGGAAGUUUUGGACGAAGCACACAAAGAAGCUUGCUUUGGGAAGAAGGACAAAUAG